AUUUUUUUUAAUAAUAAAAAAGGUCCAACUCGGCAAUAACCUCGACAAUUUCGCCUGUCUGCAAUUGUCUCCGUUGGGAACCCACCAUGGCGCUUCCGCUACCGCCGGGCCUUGUGCCGGCCGAGGUGGCUUUCCUCUGCGAGAUGGAGCUGGUAACCAUUGUUCCGCGUCAGAAGCUCGAGUCAAUGGCCCUCCUCAGUGGCCAUACGCCUCCAUUACGCCCACCCCACCGCGCCCAGCUCCCCUUAUGGCUUGCUCUGCUGCUGAAGAAGCAGCGCCGUGCAAAUAUCGUCGCCCCACCUUGGUUGCAUGCGGACUCGCUCAAGGAGAUUAUACAUCACGAAACUAUACUCGACCCCGAGGCCUUCUCCCCCCCUCCUCCGCCGCCGAUGCGGUCUGACGGCCGAGGCGGUGCGAAGCCGUACGCCCAGCCAUCCGAGCCUAAACCGGGAGAUAUGGUCCUGUCGCCGCCCUUCCUCCCCUCCUGCACACAGGACUCGCCGUCGGGGUAUCUCCCCUACCAUUGGCUCGAGCUGUCGGAGGCUCUGCUCGCGCACGCCGCAGAUGACGUGCCGAACGCCGCCGAGGUGCGAGCGCUGCUGCGGGAUCUGCAGGAGGUGCGUGCUGCCAAGUUGCGCGACAGCACGAGGCACCUCGACGGCGGCGGCGGCGUCCUCAACCUACGGGGAGUUGGCGCCAUGGAGCUGGCCGAAAGUAGGGGGUUCGUGCUGGGCGUCGUCGAGGGCGUGCGGAAGAUAGGUGCGAGCGCCGAGGCGAGCAGGAGGGAGGAGGAGGAGGAGUGGGCCAACGGCGGGCGUGACGACGAGGACGAGGAGAUGGGAUUCUAGACGACACUUAAAAACAUAAAGAUAAAACUGCUACGGCACGACUCGCAGCAGCAACCGAAACCACAGGGACAUAUACCUACCUACACUAAUAGAGAUCUAUCAGGCAGGUUACAAUAUGGCGUCGGCAGCAUCGGGCUGGCAUUAUUU